AUGUGUUCGAUAACAGAAGUAAAACCUAGACGAGUUAUCGUUUCAUGUAAACAAUUUUUUAAUGAUAAUGAAUUAUUAUCUUCAAAAAUAGCAACAACAUCUCAAACAUAUUUUAAAGUAUCUUCUUUGCCACAGAGAUCCACAACGAAAUCAUCUAAUCGUCAUCAAUAUUCCUCGUAUCAAAAUUAUAACAGUAAUAAUAGUACAACAUCCUAUUAUUCGUCAUAUAAUAAUAAUAAUCCAUCAUACUAUUCGAGACGAAAUAAUAAUUUUAAUUUUUCACAAAAUCAUAAAACUCGUUAUCAAUCAGUACAAAAACAUCAAUCACAUUCACGUUUAUACGAUAUUACAAAUAAUCAAACAGUUCACUAUUCGUCCAAUAGAAAUUUACAGAAUGAUACAACAUCAUAUCAUAAUUCAGACAUAUUAUCGAAUAAUUUAACAGAUAUUUCUGAAAAUAAAAAACAAAAUAAAACAAUAAUAAAAACGCUAGGAACAUCACUCAAUCCAUUAUCACCAGCAUUUCACAGUAAAAGACAACAUCCGUUAAUAAUAGAAAAUUCAACAAGUGAACAAAAACCUCAUUAUCAGUCAGAAACAUCGGAUUAUUGCACUGAUCCAGAACAGCAACAUCAUCACGUAUCCAAUCGUCAAUCAGAAUUACCACCUUCACCUGUUUUGAGAUCAUUUGAUCCCAAUCAAAGAUCCAUAAAAAAGUCUUCAAUACCGACUGCAUUCACAUUUGACGAUUUAGAAGCCAAAAAAUUGGCUUGUACUAGUUUUUCGUCGUCUUCUUCGUCCGGAUAUCAAGAGGAACAUGGUCUUGGCUCCACAACUUCAUGUCGUCGUGUUUCAUCAUCUAGUUCAACUUCGAGUUGUUCUAGUUCAUCACCUAGUGAAACAUAUCGUAAUUCUUCAAAAUACUCAACGUCAAAAUCUUACAAAACGAAUACAAAACAACGAACACACAGCGAACUUAUUUUAACAAGUAGUUCUAUGGAUGAAUCAAAUUCGGAUGACGUUAUCAUGGAUGAGAAUCAACAACAACAACAACCGUAUCAGAAUCAAUGUUUAUGCGAAAAAGAAAAUUAUUCAAAAAAGAAACAACAAUUGCAACAGCGUAAAAGUACUACACAACGAAGAUCAAUAUCUUCAGUUACAUGUGAAAAAUGUGAGCUAAAACGAAAAUUGACAUCUCGUCCAUCAAAAUAUCUUCAUACAAAACAACGACGAAGAAUUCGACAAGAUGAUUCGAUUUCGAUUAAAAAUAUGAAUUAUAGUAUUAAUCAGAGUCCAUCUGAAGAAGAAAAUGAAAAAUAUCAACAAAAUCAAUCGAUAUCAUCAUCCAUUUUUAAUCAAAAAAUGUCGAAAAACUCUUCUCCCUUUUCGUCUUCAUCCUCUUCCAUGUGCUAUGCAAAUAAAAAAAUAGUAAUAAACAAUGACCCAUUCAAUGGUACAGUGAAUAAUAACGAUUAUUUUUACGCUGAUUUAACUGGUCAGGAUAUUCUUCUCUCUAUCGAUUAUCACGAUUGUUUGUGUUUGUCAACUAAAUUAUCUGAAACAAUCUCGUCUUCGUAUCUACCGAGUACUCUAUCGACACAACAGUAUUCACAGCCAAUACAAUCGGCAUUUUUCACCGCAACACAAGCAACUCCCAUCUUUCUCACAUCAUCCGCCUUGUCUACAUGUCAUUGUUUACAACAUAAAACACAACAAUUAUUAACAAAAACAUUCGUUCCGUGUUAUUCAUUUCCAAUGUCAACAAUUAGUUAUCUACCAUUUUCAUCUUCAAAUAUUUUAAUUCCAUCUACGAAUCAUUGUAAAUGUUCGAAUAGUACAGAUUGUACAAAUUCCAUAAUAAUGUUAAAUAACGAUGAUAUAAUUCGAAAUACAUCGCAUAAUCAUUAUAAUAAUACAAAGCAUUAUUAUACAACAUAUCAAAAUCAUACAACAAAUCAAAAUAAUGCAAAAUUGUAUACUCCUACACAAACUUUAUUUCAUUAUGAUCUUACAACUACUUCAUCACCUUCAAUAUGCAUGGAUAAUACAUCAGUUCUAGAGAAUGUUGAAACUACACACGAUAGACAAAAGCAACAAUAUUGUCUAAGAUGGUUUACGCCCAUUAUUGAGACAGAGUUCCUUCAACCACCACCAACUCGUUCUUGGCUUCGUCUAUCAUCGCCAAAUGUUACUCAGCCAACAGCCAUAUUUACUGUUAUGAAUUAUAACAUAUUAUGUGAUAAAUAUGCUACAAGAAAUGCUUAUGGUUACUGUCCAAGUUGGGCAUUAAAAUGGGAUUAUCGUCGAAAACAGAUUUUGGAAGAAUUAAAAAAUUAUGCAGCGGAUAUUAUUGCCUUGCAGGAAAUUGAAAUGGAUCAAUAUCAUGCAUUUUUUUUACCAGAAUUAAAAAGUCUCGGUUAUGAUGGUGUAUUUAGUCCAAAAUCUCGUGCACGUACAAUGUGUGAAAGUGAUCGACGUUUUGUUGAUGGUUGUGCAAUAUUCUAUAGAAAAACAAAAUUUCGUUUAGUUGAAAAUUAUUUAGUUGAAUUUAAUCAAUUAGCAAUGUCAGCAGCAAAUGGUCUAUCAUCACAUGAUAUGCUUAAUCGUGUUAUGACAAAAGAUAAUAUUGGUCUAGUAGCAUUAUUAGAAACGAACGAAGAAAUAUAUUCUCAUACAUUUUCUAGUGGUAUUGUACCAGCCGAUCAUAAACAAUUAUUAUUUGUUUGUACAGCUCAUAUACAUUGGGAUCCCGAAUUUUGUGAUGUUAAAUUAGUUCAAACAUUAAUGUUAUUAAGUGAAUUAAAGACAAUUAUCGAAGAUGCAACAAAAACACAUCGUCCAUCAAUUACAAAUCAUACAUCAAUUGAUUGUAAUUCAAUUCCUUUAGUAUUAUGUGGAGAUUUUAAUUCUUUACCCGAUUCAGGUGUUAUUGAAUUAAUGCGUAAUGGACAUAUACCAUUAUCACAUGCCGAUUUUAAAGAAUUACAAUAUGAAUCAUGUCUGCAAAAAAUAAGUCGACAAGAAGGUUCAUCAGAUUUAGUACAUCAUUUUAAAUUACAAUCGGCAUACGAAACAAAUAUAAUGCCAUAUACAAAUUAUACAUAUGAUUUUAAAGGCAUUAUUGAUUAUGUUUUCUAUAGUAAACAGUUAAUGCGUGUACUCGGCGUAUUGGGACCAUUAGAUCCAGAAUGGAUUCGUUCAAAUAAAAUAAUUGGCUGUAAGUUAAUAUUUUUUCUCAUUUUAAAAUACAGAUCAUUCCAUUUAUUAUGAAACAAUUUGCAUGGACUUUUUCUUCGUUAGUGACUUAUACAGAUCUCAUGAUUCUUAUAUCAAUCUAUUCCACUGACACUGCAGAUGUUGCCAUUAGUAUUUAUAUUUUAGUUAAAUGAAUGUUUCGUAAUAAAAUAUUUGAUAAUCCCGAAGGGCUCGUCAUAUAUCUUUUGACGGCAAAAUAGUCAUACUAUGUGAUAUAACAAGAAUUAUCUGAAAUGAAUCUAUGUGUAUCAAAAAGUACCAUUAGUUGUAUCGCUCUAAUAAUAUUCGAAAACACUGCCAAUCGGAUUUAGUAAAAAAAUCAAAAACCAAAAUUUUUAUCGUCGAUAUCAGAUAGCAACAUCUGCGAUUGUUCGCCGUAUUAUAUCAUAUACGAAUAAAGAAAAUCUUCAACUAUUUCAUUAAUGGCUGCAAGAUGUCAUAUCAGUACUGGUACGAUUUUUCGUGUUAUUCAUGAUAUUACUCGUGCAAAAUACCAUAAGAAAAGAUCAGUACAUCGUUUACAUCCAACUGUCAUUGAAAAGAGACGACCUACGUAUAAUACGGUGAACAAUGGCAAAUGCUACUAUCUGACAUCGACGAUAAAAUUUUGAGAUUUUUUACUAAAUCCAAUUGGCAGUGUUUUCGAAUAUUAUUAGAGCGAUACAACUAAUGGUACUUUUUGAUACACAUAGAUUCAUUUCAGAUAAUUCUUGUUAUAUCACAUAGUAUGACUAUUUUGCUGUCAAAAGAUAUAUGACGAGCCCUUCGGGAUUAUCAGAUAUUUUAGUAUAAGCUUUAUUUAUAAAAAAAAGAAAAGAAUUUCCAUUGAAUAAGUAUAGAACAGCAAAAAGAAAGAGUAAUAGACACAUGACAUCAUUUUGACUAUUCAACAAGCGAAAAUUGCUAGUAAGCUAUUUUAUUACAAAGUAUUUAUUUAUCUGAAAUAUAAAUACUAAUGGCAACAUCUGCAGUGUCAGUGGAAUAGACUGAUAUAAGAAUCAUGAGAUCUGUGUAAGUCACUAACGAAGAAAAAGUCCAUGCAAAUUGUUUCAAAAUAAACGGAAUAACCUGUAGUCAACAGCCAGAUCGUACCGCAGUUCAUAUUGUUUUAUUUCCUAGGUCCACAUCCAAACGUACCAUCUGAUCAUUUUUCAUUACUGGUUGAAUUUGAACUAAAUCCAUCUCUUUCAUUAUCGAUGUCAAGUUCAAUAGGUACAACGUCAUCAUCCCCAAUAACAACGUUAAAUCAUAAAAGCUCGACACCAAUCAAUCUAAGACGGCAACUCUGAUGUAUUCUUAUUUUAUUUCACAGCGUUCAAAAUAAAAUACAAAAGUUCUACUCAGGGCAAACAGUACGAUGUCGGAUUUUGUUAUGAUUUUCUUGAUUAUUUUCUCGGUCUAUAUCACUAUUAUCUCACGUUCUCUUUGUUUGUUUUGUGUAUUUCUUCUCUUCUGUGUUAAAUUUUUUUUCCGUGUGCCUGUUCGAUAUUCUCGAAUUAUUACAUGAAAAUAGCUUAUUUUGAAUUCGUUUUUUUGCGUUUUAUUCUUUGAUCUUCAAAAUAUCCUUUGUUGUAGUUUUUUACCUUCACAUUCAACAAACCAAAUAUGUUGCAAGAAGAUCAACAUAGAUACGUACACAAAUAUAAGCGCUUGUAAAGCCUUUUUUGCUUACUAUUUCUUUUCUUAUUACUGUUGUCAUCAUCUAAUCUACUUUUUCUAUCUCUCUUGCUGACAUCUUCAUGUUGUUGUUAUAUAUCUACAACUGUAUUUUAGUGUUUUGUUUGUUUCGUUAUCGUUGUGCAGAUUUUUUCGUCUUUUUCUCUUAACUAAUGAUGCAGAAAUAAAAAAAUACUAAAGAAGUAACGUAAUUUGGCGCGAAAAAACUAAUAGUCUCCAAACAACCGAUCGCUAUACGAAACUACAUUAGGUAACAAUUUUAAGUUUUUUGGAACAAGAUCCAUCAAAGUUACAGUUCUUCUGUCAGCAUCUAGUGAAGUUUAGAAUCUGCUUUGAAACUGUUGUUAGUUGUGCGAUUGUGUUGAGACACUUUAUCAACACAAAAUCUCUCUAUUAAAUCUAAAGCAGCUCGCGUCUGGUUAUAAAGUGAAAUGUGUCUAAUAUUUCGUAUUCGUAGUGGAUAAAAAUCAUAUACAUGUUUAACAUAACCGCCUGAUUGUAACGAGUGGUCCAGAAUAAAUCAAUCAUUUAGUAUUUUGCUCAUAUCUCAGUUGG